UUGAAUGACAGGGUCGCCAUUUUCCCUAGACUCUCAGUUUGCUGUACAAUCGCAUUGUGUUCGAGACAAAAUUUCCUGGCUGGCACAUAAAAUACAAAAAGUUUCAGUUGUGUCCAUCAUCAGACUGAUAUAUCAUGGCUCGUACUAAGCAGACUGCUCGUAAAUCUACUGGUGGAAAAGCUCCUCGAAAACAGCUUGCCACAAAAGCUGCGCGCAAGAGUGCACCCUCUACUGGUGGAGUAAAGAAGCCACAUCGUUACAGGCCUGGUACCGUUGCUUUGCGAGAAAUCAGAAGAUACCAGAAAUCCACAGAGCUACUCAUCCGUAAAUUGCCUUUUCAGCGUUUGGUUCGUGAGAUCGCUCAGGACUUCAAAACAGAUCUCAGGUUCCAGAGUGCUGCUAUUGGUGCAUUGCAGGAGGCCAGUGAAGCUUAUCUGGUGGGGCUGUUUGAAGACACCAACUUGUGUGCAAUCCAUGCCAAGAGAGUCACGAUCAUGCCCAAAGACAUCCAGCUCGCCCGUCGAAUCCGUGGAGAACGUGCUUAAAAUGAGUUAUAACCAGUAACAUUUGAGAGAAGUCUGCUAGAGCAUAGUAGUUUCUACUUCUGUUUGUAGUGGCUAGAGUAUAGUGUAUAAUCCAGAGUAAUAGUUUUAAGAAAACAAUUAAUUAGAUCUGUACUUGUAUAUGAAAUAAUAUUGGUGUUAAAAAACAGAUAACUUUUGAUGUUUUUUUGUACAAUUUCUUUAAGUUUUUCAUAACUACAGAACUCAAGGAAAGGGGAAAUGUUUUUACAAUACACUUGUUUUUGUAGCAAAAUCUUCAAUACUUCAAGGCUGCAUAGAGCACUGCUCUGAAAUUUUCAGGCUGUAUAAGAUAUAUUAAUAUAAAUCACUAUGCAUUAUUUUCCCAUUUUUUAUUUUAUAUAUUUUUCUUUUUUCUUAGAACCAGUGUGAUAUUAUAUAUAUAUUGUUUUUUAUUUUUAUUUCUUUGUAUUGAACGUUUGAUCUCUGUAAUUUUCAAGUUUCUGAUUAUGAAGUGGUAAUAAACUGAUGUUCAACUGA